AUGGAGAAGGAUCCCUCCAGCGCCUUCAGCAGCUUGAAUCGGCUUCCAACCCGCCUGGUGAUCUGUGUAGACGGCACUGACCAAAGGCCCGCGGGAGCAGAAUACGACCGACCGACCAAUGUCUACCGCAUCUACUCGAGCAUCAAAUCGGGCAAAGUCGUCGACGCCGCCACGGGCGACACGUUGGUGCAGGUGCCGCUCUACUAUCCCGGCAUUGGUGGCCCGGACGAUCUCCUGCUCAAAGACAAACUACACCUAGGAAACUCAUACCAAGACCAGAUCCGGAAUGUGUAUGAACGAUGCAGCAGACUGAGCGGAGCCAAGGAUGAAGUGGUGUUCUUCGGCUUCUCACGCGGUGCAUAUGUAGUGCGUGCCGUGGCGGGACUGCUGCAUCAGAUUGGAGCUUUGAAGAGUGCGGGAACGCCCGAGUUUGCUCGUGACUAUAAGAAAGUGCUCAAAGAGUCUGGCCACGACUGGAAACUGGAACGCGCGAACACUGUACGCUCUACGAAUUCCGACUUCUCCGCCUGCCGCUCCCUCUCCUCCCUCUCCUCGACAUCCGAGGGCGACUUCCAGACCGCGCCCGUCAUUCGCUUCCUCGGAGCCUUCGAUACUGUCCGAGCCAUUGCCGAUGAUGACUACGACACCUCCUUCAACCUCUCGACGCAACACUGGCGACAUGCCGUGGCAUUGCACGAAAACCGAAAAGCGCUGGCAGCAGACGUCCUCUACCCUGAGGACUUCUACAGGACGGAUCUCAAGGCUCAAGAGCGCAGCUUCGUGCAGGCCUUGUUCAUUGGCAGUCAUGGCGACAUGGGGGGCACAUCGCCCAAGGCCGGACUGAGUCUCUAUCCUCUGCAGUGGAUGUUGCUUGAAGCAAUCGCCUGCGGCGUGCAUAUUGAACUCGAGGGUACCAUCCCGACCAGCAACGGUGGUCCAGUCUUCAGACCGUUGGCCGUGGUGUUCCCGAAGAAAUCGUCCAAAAGCAAGGACAAGGACGCGGUGCAGAUGACAUUUACCACCGCCAAUGGAGUAUCUGUCACUAUGCAAGAUCUGCGCUCCGUACACGAUGGAUCCAGGUCCCAGGAACAAUUCGGCAUCAGGCUCACCAGCCGUCCCGUAUCGCUGCGCAUGAAGAAGCAACGAACGCCAUUCGACAAUAAUGGCUAUCUCCGAGGCUAUUGCGACCAUGCUCCUCAGGGCACCAUCAUUCAUCCCUCGGUCUAUCUCCUGCUAGAUGAGCACAUCAACGUCGCGCUCGAUACGAAGGAAGCAAAGCUGCAGCGGAAUCUGGAAGAAUGGCGUGAAAACAUGCUCGGUACACAGAGUGGACACGUCAACAUGGGCUUCUGGGGCGACGGCAGUAUCACUGAUGACGGAAACCCGGGCGCCAUCCGUGUCCUGGUGUGCGGCAACACUGGCGUGGGGAAGUCCACUCUGAUCAAUAAAACGUUUGGCGUCGAAGUGACUCCGAGCAGUAACAGAGUGCGCGGCAUCCAUGAUGUGACGCAGGAGAUCACGUUUGAUGGUAGACCAGACCUGAUCGUGCACGACUCUGGAGGCUUCGAAGCGGGCACCGACACCGAGUUUCUGGCCAUUGAGAAAUUUCUCAAAGCAAAGUCGAGCGCGGAAGAGAUUCAAGACCGGCUGCAUGUUAUCUGGUUUUGUGUCGAACUCAAUUCUGCGAGAACGUUGCAGACCGCCACGGAGAAGCUGUUCCAAGCCGUGGGGCAGUAUGCUCACGAGGUGCCCGUCGUGGUCGUCGCCACCAAGAAGGAUGACUUCCUGGACAUUGAAUACAUGGCAAAGAAGAAGGAGCUGAAGAGAUCCGGUCUCCCCUUUGAUGAAGAGUUGUGCGAGGCCUAUGCAGAAGAGAAGCUGCAUGAUAGACUCGAUGAAGUCAGGCGCGACGAAGAGUCCAUCGCUUUCCUGUCCAAGACCACAUCGCACACCUUCGAUCUCGACAAGGUCCGUCUAUUAUACAUCCGCGCGCAAGUGACCCGCAUCGACCUCAAAGUUGACUUAGCCCUCCACGAAGUUAUGCGCCGCUAUCGGUCCCUUGUCAGAGCGGCAACAGGAGUCGCAUUCACCCCCAUCGCUGCGUCUGCGCAUCGUAAAACUGCUGCUGCGAAAGCCUGCACCGCAAUCUUGAAUUGCUUUGGUCUUCCCAGCGUUUCCGCAGAAACAGCUAUUGCAAACAUGAAGCAGAAUGUGUGGGACCACCUGGGCUUUGACUUCUUCAUGGCUAUUGCCGAAGGGCUCAAUCUACUGGGAGUCGCCGGCAUGGGAGUGGGAGGUGGAAUGCCUGCGAUUUUUGUGACGGGCAUUGUCUCCAUUCCUCUUGUGGUGCCUUCGACAUGUCGGCUCUUCUUGACCAUGUCGGUCGAUCUCAUCCUGGUACUGAUUCUGUCCUUCAAGCAAGUUGCACUGCAAAAUCGCCAACCCUUAGAGAAGGACUUGCAGCACGCGUCUCGUGAAUACAGGUUGAAAGGAUACUCCGACUACGCCCACGAAGACAUCAAAGCUCUCGUGCCCCGGCGAAACAUGGCUGCCAGCUUCCGAUACGAUAAGAUCCGUAACGGCCUGGAAAAGACUGUGGAAAAUUACAAGAGCAUGGCAAUGCAGGAUGCGAAGGUGUCGAGUGAAUCCAAGUUGCGUCGAAACUUGAGCGUGACGGAGGAAGAUGAAGACGAUGCCAGGCUGAUACGUCAAGCGAAUCAGAGACUUGUUGAGCUUGAAGGGAGCAGUCUGCCGAUUGAACUGCCUGCUGGACGGGAAGCAAUCACCACGGAGUUGCCCGCCAUUGAGGCGCCGGUCGAGCUCUCUGGAGAUGCGCCGCCAAGGCGUGCAGUUGAGUUGCCUGGACAUUUCGAGUUUGAUAUGCCAAGAGGCAGUAAAACAAUGGUCGACACGGCCACUUGAGGUUUCCGAGGUCAGCCCACAGUCAUGAGAGAGCCAUACACGCCUAUUGCAGCUGUGGAAUCUUGCUCAUGGACCUCACGAUACCACUCGAGUCAGUCCUUCAUGGACACCACGACUUUGGGUGACUCUGAACUGAACAAUUGCCGAUCUCCAGCGGAUACAUUGUUACAGCUUGGAUUCUCAUCAGCGAAUCCAACCUCUAGACUCGGACACCCACAACGGGCGAAUUGAAAGAAACGAGAGGACAGGUUCGAAACAGCACUUCACCGAUACACGCGACUUUGUCUACGUCUUUGUGAUAUCCCUCAUCUCAGCUUCUUCGUGGAUCUCUGGAUGAGUGUGUGCUCUCCAUGGCGAUAAUAAAGCAUGGAAUUCAUGCAAAAGGAUAUCUCCAUGCUCGAACACAUAUCUGACACGGGCGAUGUCAGUCAUCAGCACCACAGCAACAUUAUUUGUCCUGUUUAACGAAUUCAUAUCGAUCUUAAUGAACAUGAAGUACGAUUUCCAGAACUUCCAGGGCUCAUUCAUAUAGUUCCUGAAGAUUUCUCCGCACUUGCAAACCAA